AACAAGCCGUGGAAGAAACUCAAGAGCAUGGUCCACUGGUCGCCUUUCGUCGUGUCCUUCAAGAAGCGCUACCCCUGGGUGCAGCUGGCUGGCCAUGCGGGGAAUUUCAAAGCCGGGGACUACGGGCGGAUCCUGAAGAAGUUCUGCCCGCGGGAGCAGCAGUGCCUGGAGCGCCUCAUGCGGGACUCGCUGCGCCCCCACGUGCCCACCUACUUCGGGCUGGCGCAGCGGGACGGCGAGCGCUACAACCAGAUGGAGGAUCUACUGGCCAGCUUCGAGACACCCUCCAUCAUGGACUGCAAGAUGGGGGUCAGGACGUACCUGGAGGAGGAGCUGGAGCAGGCUCGGCAGCGGCCCCGGCUGCGCUGUGACAUGUACGAGAAGAUGGUGGCGGUGGAGCCGGGGGCGCCCACGCCCGAGGAGCACGCCCAGCGCGCCGUGCUCAAGCCCCGCUACAUGCAGUGGAGGGAGUCGCUCAGCUCCACCGCCACGCUGGGCUUCCGCAUCGAGGGCAUCAAGAAAGCUGACGGCACCUGCAGCACCAACUUCAAGAAGACGCGGCUGCCCGAGCAGGUGGUGCAGGCACUGGGCGACUUCGUGGACGGCGACAGAACCAUUCUG